UUUUCUGGCAACACUGACUUAAAUAGCAACAAUUUGCAAGCCACCAAAAACAUAAGAAAACGAAAUCAAAUCAAAUAACUACAAAAAAUAUUACAAAAAACGACUUAAAUAUUUUGUUUAAUAAACAGCAAUUAUAGUAAAUAAAUCAAACGUAUUCAAUUGCUUUUAUAUAUUGUCACCUGCGUGCCUGUGUUUCUGUGUGUGUGUGCGUGUGUGUGCUUUGUUCUUGUCAUAGGCCGCCUUCGCCUUUUGAGUAAGGGGGAAUAAUAUAUAAAAAAAAAGAAGAAAAAUGGCAAAGAAAACUUACGAUUUACUUUUCAAACUGUUGCUAAUUGGUGAUUCGGGUGUUGGCAAAACAUGCAUAUUAUUUCGAUUCUCGGAUGAUGCAUUUACGUCCACAUUUAUAUCAACUAUAGGAAUUGAUUUCAAAAUCAAAACAGUCGAACUCAGGGGCAAAAAGAUCAAACUACAAAUAUGGGACACUGCCGGCCAGGAGAGAUUUCACACAAUAACUACGUCAUAUUAUCGAGGUGCCAUGGGCAUAAUGCUUGUCUAUGACAUAACAAAUGAAAAAAGUUUUGAGAAUAUAGUCAAAUGGCUAAGGAACAUUGAUGAGCAUGCCAACGAGGAUGUCGAGAAGAUGAUAUUGGGAAACAAAUGCGAUAUGACCGACAAGCGAGUGGUCAGCAAAGAACGCGGUGAGGCGAUUGCUAGAGAGCAUGGAAUACGAUUUAUGGAAACAUCCGCCAAAUCAAAUAUAAACAUUGAACGUGCAUUUUGUGAACUUGCCGAGGCCAUAUUAGAUAAAACAUCUGGACGUGAAUCAGCCGAGAAUCCUGAGCGUGUGGUUAUUGAUCGUCGGAAUAAUGACAAGGCGCCGGGCUAUAAUAAAUGUUGUGCGUAAACUAAACUAAGCGGCGGGCAGGAGUAAGACGGAAGAUAGAUGAAUAAACAGAAGCAGCAACAGCAACAGCAGCAGCAGCAGUUGGUGUGUCCAGUGGGAUUUGUUCAGAGUGGUUUUGGAUAAAUGCAGUUUUAGAAACUGCCUCCAACGGCAACCACCACCCACCAACCCACCCAACCACACACACAAAAGACACACACUAAAACAAAGAUCAGAAGAGAGAAACAGAGAGAUAGAGAGGAACAAUAGCAACAGAAACGGAAACAGAAACAACCUACCUAAAGUUUAAACAAACAUUUGGAAGAAACUUUACAAAAACCAUAAACAAAAAAACAAAACACAACUAAAAAAGACAAAAAGAAACAAUUAAUGUUAGUUAAAGCACAAAAUUUUCAAAAGAGAACAAAAUAAUGAUGGAUGGAUGAAGAUAACGAUGAUGAUGAUGAGAUGAGAAUAUAAUAAGAAAACAAAAAGGAAAAGGUAGACAGAAAAUAAAGUAACCAUUUUGCAUUUUUUUUUCUGUCCAAUUAACUAACGAUAUAUGAUAUAUAAAUAUAUAUUGUGAGUAAAAAUUCACUCAACAUUGAUCAAUUCCAUAGAUUAGCCAAUUGCGUAUAGCGAAUGCUUGAUACAAGAGCAAAAGAAACAUUUUUAUAAUGAAAAGUUUUUUGAUAUGAUCUAUAGAUAACUAUAUACAUAUAUCUAUAUAUAUAUAUAUAUAUAUAUAAAUGGGUUACUUACCCCCCUCAAGAUGCAAUUCGUUCCAACUAUUCAUAUGUACUUAUCGGAUUGCCGUUCUUAUUUCCGUUUCAUUCAAGAUAUGACUUUAUAAUCAUGCAAUAGAUAUAUGUAUAUAUAUAUAUAUUAUAUAUACAUAUGUAUAAAGCUAAAUUGAAAAUUGAAUUCCCUCAUCAAAACUAUUAUUAAAUAGAAAACAGUAAACAAAACUGAAAGCAAUUCAUCAUAUAUCCUAAACAUAUACUAUACCUACACGUAUAUAGUAAUAUAGAUAUAUGUAUGGAUGUGUAUGUCUGUGUGUGUGUGUGUUUGUGCGCAUGUGUGUAUGUAUUUGUGUCCUAUGCUUUCUAUGUGAAUGAAAACUCAUUCAUUAGAUGUGUUCCUCACUUUUCCUUCUCCUCCUUUCCUCGUCUGGGUACAAAGAAAAAAAAAAAACAAAAAAUUUUAAGAGUUCUCGAGACAUCAGCAACGUGUUUUUAUUUUGUUUAAUAUUAAUUUGAUUUUUUUCGGCCUUUUGUUUUGC